CUUGUUCAUUAAAUGACAAAUUUUCUAAAUAGUGAAGUGAUUGUGUUACGUCAGUAUUCAUGUGUAUACAAUUUGUUUAUUUGCUUUAAAACGAUGCAUUUUCGGUGAUUUUUGUGAAAGGUACUUACGAAUAAGAUAAUAAGCAUUGUUGAAAAUGAAGUAUACAUAUUCCAGACAAUAAUUUCUAUAACUACCUCCUAUCAAAAUGAGUAAAGAAGAUUUUGAUAUAUUUCGCCACCUAGCAAAAGAUCCAAAGGCCAAUAACGCAGUGAAGCUAAUUAAAGGAUUACAGAACCGAGAAAUCGGUGCUUUGCGAAAAACUGAAAACAAGGAACAGCUGCAAAUAUUUGCAGAGGAGGAACUUGUGCGCAAAGAAGAUCUGAAAGAAAUGCGAUGUCAAAUGCCAGGAAUUCCACGGUCUACGUUCCUCAUGGUAUUUAGCCCGGAUGGUCAAAGAGCAGCAUCUACUCAUAGCAAUCACAACAUAUACGUCACUGACUUAAGGACCGGGAAAAACAUUAAAACGUUGGUGGGGCAUCCGAGAACACCCUGGUGUAUCGCAUUUCAUCCUACAUCCAACCAGAUUGUGGCAUCUGGGUGCUUAGGAGGCCAAGUGAGAAUUUGGGAUCUCAGUGGCGGAAGCGAGGUAUGGACAACUGCUACACAGUCUGUUAUUGCAUCUAUAGCAUUUCAUCCUAGUGACCGAGUUCUAGUGAUUGCCACCUUCAAUGAAGUCUAUUUCUGGGAUUGGAGUCUUCCUGAACCUCUUGUACACGUCUCCACAAAUAGUCCCAAAGAAAAGGUGCGCUAUGUCGCUUUUGACAAGCUGGGUCACAAGUUGAUUACUGGAGUAGCCAACAGUCCUCAAACACGGUGGGAGCGUGUUAGAGCUCCGGUGGUUGUUCCGAGGCAAGAGCGUUGCGCAAGCCCAUAUAGAAGAAGAAUAACUCAAAGGCUAGUUACAUCCGCUGGAAACGCGCCGAACCCACAGCCGUCUUAUCCAGAAUAUUCAGCACCGCAAAAUAACACCCCUGCUGUGGUUCCUGAACGAGAAAGAAGAAUUACCAUGUGCUACCAGAAUUUAGUCAGGGAAUAUGAGCUACUCGUUCAUAGAUAUCUGCAGUUACACAGAGCGCCAACUAUGAUUGACAGGGGAACUGAUCCAAUGGAACCAAAUCAUUACAAUAGUGGUACCCAAACGGCUGGAAGCCGAGAACAGGAUCCAUCAUUGCCAGGUCCUAGUGGCCUUCAAUCGCCUCCUAAUUCAACCAGCAUGGGCUCGGACACAAUUCUUGAACCAUCUGCAUCUGCCCGUACCACUAUUAAUACUACAGAUCCUUGCGAACCACAACCCUCAACGUCACAGUCGCAAAACCUUAUAACACCUAGUAGGAUUUUUUCUGUGUGUCGUAAACCUCCUAGCUCUAUAAGAGGCACCCAGACCGUUGAAUCUAGAAAACAUAAAUUUGACGGUGGAGAACUAAACCGAAAUAAGGAAAAACGGCUGAAGCGCAAUAGCUGUGACAACACUUCUAGUGAAAGUGAUUCAUCUAGAGAACCACAACCUCAAGAACAAACGCAAGUAGAAUCCACUUUUCCUGAUCUAAAUUCCAGCAACAUUAGGGAAGGUCAACGAGUGCUGGUUGUCAACUUAGAGAGAUUAAGACCUGAAAGUGAAAUUCAAAAUAAUUCUUCUAUGAGCGCGAGCAACGCUCAGACCCCACACCAAAGCUCUUCCACUGGGAGUGAGAUUAGUCAAGGAUUUCCUCCCGGUUUUAUAAUUGACGAUGUAAUACCGCCUGGUCAGCCGACUGCAGCUGGAAGUCCUGGAAAUCGUUACUCUGAGCGCUUUAAUGAAUAUAUUCGUACUAACCGAGCAAGAAUACAAGAAUUUCGGCGUAGAACCUUAGAUCGAGGAUCUUCAAGUAUUGCACCUUCAACUAGUGCAAACACCGAUGGCGACGUACAGGCACCAUCAUCUGUGAGCAAUGACAACGGAACAGCAACAAACGGUGCUGUUGACGAAUUGAUCCAUAACAUAAGAAGAACUGCGGAAUAUGAAGUUAGAAACCGAAUCUUGCCAAUUAUAACAUCUAUUCCACCUCCUGAUAGACCAGAACUUAUAAGGCUAUUUGAGAACAGUCGCGAACAUGUUCGAUUGCGGUUUCGGCAAAUGUUUCCUGCCUUUUUACGACGUCAUGCACGCAGAUCUAUGCGAGUUCGAAUUGGAAGUUCCACUGAUAGCAGUAGUUCGGACAAUGAGGUUGGACGUCAUUUGCCUUCAAAUGCGAAUCACCUGAAUUCAGAAGCCAGUGAAUUUCCAACUCGCAUCGAAGAUCCAAAUAUCACUACUGAUAAUACCGCAGCUCCCCAAUCCACUGAUAAUGCAACAUCGUAUUCCUCCACUUCAUCUGCAACUUUACCUCCUCGACUAGAGAGGAACUUCAACACCGAGUUAGAGCAAUUAGUAACAUCUCUUCUCACCGAGAUUGAACGGAGCGACAGUCGAUCUGCAAAUAACACGCCGGCAACUUCAAAUAGCACCACCUGCGAUAUUAAUAAUAAUUAUUCACAAUCGACGAGCGCUAGAACUCGACCCACCCACCCUCAUUUAUGGCCCGGAAGUGGUGUUACAAUUCCUCAGCCACCUGGAGAAAGCAUAGAGAAUAUGUUUCAGAGCGACUCAGUCCGCGAAUCUGAAAGUGAACGUUCGUCCCGUUCUCGGUGGACGCAAGAUAUGCCUAAUGCAUCGGGGGGGACUAGUCAUUUCGGCUACCGUAGGCCUUCGCAUCACGAUCCUCGUGGCAGCCCUUUCUCUAACAGCGACACCAGAACAACUAGCUCUCCCAUGUACACAACAGCUGGUCUCAGACGUAGAUUUUUUUCACACCGAGUAUCUGCAUUUAUGCCAACCAGAGUUAAUUAUAGCAGGAUGAGAUGCAGGAGAAACCCCCACUACGCAGUGGGGAGUGGAAGAUCUGGUAUUCCAAGAGCAAAUCGAAGUCCCACGAUAGUUUUAGAUGAAUUGAUAAACUAUGCUGAACGGGAACAAAGCGAAGAAGAUGCUUCAACUGCGGCGCAACAACCUUUUGAACAGCCAGAUGAUGGUCAGAAUGGUCUUGGGCAGCUUCAAGCGCUGGGUCCUAUGAUUUCGAAUAUUGUUCAAGACCUUGAGUCAUCUCUUGACGAUGUUAGAAAUAUCAGGGCUAAUAAUAUAUCGGGAUCACGACCCGGUAUGCUGAGCAGUUUUUCACAGAGGAUGGAUAAUAUAAUGGCCAAUUCGGAAAACAUGUUAAGGAAUAUGAGAAGUUUUGACCGUUUACCCAGUGGGCCCACCGAAAGCGCUAGAUCUACAACAGAAAAUGAACCACGUUGGAAUUUCAAUGAUCCGGGAUUUUAUGUCCGAGAUCUUCGAACUGAAGCCUCAAACAAUAUGGAGACUGAAGGUACCACUAGUCCAGGGAAUAUGCAGGAUAUGUUUGGAUAUAUGCACGCAGUAACCACAGACCAUACAUAUCCUCGCAAUCCAAAUAGAACCGGUGCUAUUGACAGAGUGCCGCCCCUUUUUAAUUCAUUACAAUUUACUGUCUCCUACAUAAAUUCGCAAUCCAGGCUUUUAAGGCGCAGGGUGGAGAGCAUUGAAAGAAUCGACCGWGCCAUGGUAGAAGUAGGUCAACUACAACUUAUGAGAAACUUGGUAGCAGAAAUGGUAAGACAUAUUCGGUCUUCAGCGGUAGAAAGUCGAAGCGCAGGUGUAUCUAGUGUUCGGCAAAUGAUGGCAGGUACAAGAAUUAGUGAUACAAGUCCAACUGAAUCUCCAAAUGAAGAUGGGGGAAAUAUGGGCAACCAGACCAGACCACAACCCGAAGUAGAAAAUCCUCAACCUGGUCCAAGCUCAAGUACUGAUCAACCAGGCCCUACUGCAGGCACUAGUACAGGAACUUCGCGUCGCAGUAUGAAUAGAAAAACUUAUCCACCUUCCAGAUAUGUGAGAUUACCCAGAAGUAGUCCUAGACGGUCAUUAGUUAAUUGGUUUGCCAGAUAUGCCCCAUCUCGGGGAGAACGCGGUAAUAGACAAAGUAGAAGUGGGUCAGCUCGUCCGCCUCCAGUACCUACUUCUAACAUAGGAUCACAUAAUGUAUUCAACUACACAACUAUCAGUCCUUCCACGUUAACCCUAAUGACAAGACGGCUAGAGCGGUUGUUGACCGAACAGAUGAGAGUAUUGACCAGGACGCAAGACCCUCCUAGUUCGCCUUCUUGUCAGUCGAAUGUAACUGUAGACUUAGGCGAACAUAUCUUAGCAUUAAGACUACACGGCUGCUUUAUGCGCAUGCACCGAGUACUGGGCAGUAACAUGAACCCUAGUCUGCUUCGAUGCUUAACAUCAGAUCGGCGUGGAGCUGCUGUCACUCAGGAUGGUGCUGUCAGAUAUUCGGUUCGUCACACAUUAAGUCUCAUUGUGGAUGGGAUGAGUCGUUACAUUGAAGAAUUAGGUAAUGGUACAAUAUCGAACAGCAUGCGACUUCAGAUACAUGCUGUUCUGGCUAUGUCAGUCCUCUUGGCGGAAGUAGUGCUGCUGCAAGUUGUUGACUCAAUUCCGGCCUUUCCUGGCACCAAUAUGAACGCCAUGCAAAGCGCAUUGACAGGUACUGCUGACGGCACCUACCUCCGAUUGUUCAACAACAGACACGCAGUUCCUGGUGGUUACAUCAUAGCGCGUAGUUUAAAACUAAUGAGACUGGCAAUAAGAUAUGCUAAUAGAGCAUUAGACGAAACAUAUAGAUUGAGACGAAAUGUAUUGAUACCUAGGCACGAUAUAGAUAGAAGGAUACUUUUCGGCACUAUUAACACAUGUUUGCGAAUAAUAAAAAGAAUUCAAACGCGGAAUGUCACACAUCCGGUUUCCGAAGCCACUGCAGAAAACAGUUCAACUCCAGCGGGUUCAUCCGAUAAUUCAUCAGAGAGGACCGCUGCUGAUCUUUACAGUGAAACAUUUUACAGUACCAUUCAUAGCCUAAUUGCGAGAUACUCCGACAGCAGAGAAGAAGACGUUCCAAGUCAGCCAUCAGGACCUAGGGAUAGGGCUGAGAGUACUAAUGAUUUAUCGAGCAAUAACGAAAACAGCGAUGAUGAUGCUGAUGAUCCGGAAGAACCAGAUUGGUUUUAUCAACGACACAGCAGUAACCCUAACGGGUCUAACAACAGCAGACAUCUAUAUCGAACGAACAAUGUCAACUUGGCACCUCAACCAUCCAUUAUACUACCUCGUGCGUCAGUCAGAUUUUGGAACGUUCCUUCGGUUCAAGUUAAUGACGUACCUGUCUCGGAACCAUCCGUUUUUUCGGUUCAUAGACUGAUGGCCCAUAGACGUUUUGCCGAACGCGUGUCGGAGUUAAGGUACAGUUCUGCGCAAAGGGCCAAUCCUAGAGUCGGUUUGUUCAGACCUAGAUUUUUACAUCCGCUAUAUGCCAGUUUAAAUCCGUUUGACGCAGACCUAGAUGAUCCUCAAAGAGAUCAAAUAUACGAUAGUGAUAUGAUAGCAACAGUGACACCCAACCAUCGAAUUCAGGUUUGGGAUAUAUCCAAUGGACAGAUACCGGGUAUUAGCAACUCAUUGAAAAACGUAGUGGUGAGCGAGUGUAAAAUCCACAAUGACGCUAGUGUUGAUAUAGCUACAGACGGGACCAUUUUGGUCACGCUUCUUCCAUCAGGAGGAUAUUUAAAUGUUACAAAUCGAUUAGGAGUGUAUAGUUUAAGAUGGGAAACACUAGGCCAAUGUUUGUAUACUACUAGUUUCGAGCAAAAUGCUGUAUCUGUUGCUCUGUCACCUCUAAGUCGUCAUUUAGUAGUGGGCUUCGCUUCCAGGAGGGUUUCUAUUGUUCCUACCGAUCGCUGGGUUAUGGCCCGCAUAUAUAAGAUAGAACAGAAAGACGUGCCCGGAGACAGAUUACCGGUGUUACGGGAAUUGGAUCAACACAGAGAAAAUAGAAUCAACUGUAUCCGAUGGUUACCAUCUUCUGGCCAAGGACUGAUCUACGCUACUAAUACGGGACAACUGGUUAUUUUAUCCUAAGACGUUAAUUGGCAAUACGACGUUAAUAACGUAUUGAUAUAUGCGACUGGAAUAAGGACAGGAAAACAGUCGUACAUGUGUAGUUUCAAGUCACGUUGGUAAUAACUUCAAUCUAAAAUGUUUCGGCCAGUUUUCAUAACUAAGCCCAAUAACUUUCCAAGAUGUCUUGGUAUAUUUUAUCUUUUGGCUUAGGGUUGAUAAAUGUUUUUUUUUAUAUAAUAUUUGAUUCAUUAUAUCAUUUAUGAUAUAAUCAUGUUCAAAAUGUGUAAUGUAAGUUAUUAAUUGUUUAAUUUUGUUGUUAUGGGCAACAUCUUAGUCAAAACUUACAAAAUAAUACGAAUACUGAACUAAAUAGAUUCAGUAUUUAUAUUAGUAAAUUAACGAAGCGUGAAGUUCUGCCCAAUUCCCUAUCCCUUUUCCUGUUGAUUAUUUUUCGUACAUCAAAAUCAUGGAACCACCUAUACCUAAUUUCUUGUAAAAAUAUUUAUUAGUUUUCUAUUUGUAUUUCAUUAAUUAGUAAUCUUAUGCCAUGUUAUAAUUGAAGUGAAAGAAACAUUUUGUUCAGUUCGGUUAACAGUGAUAAUUUUUUUAGCGAUAUAAUAAUAUUAGAUAAGAGAAUGUUACCACAAUAUAAUGUGGUAUUUGGGAAAGUACUCAGUCGUCAAAUCAAAUAUUCUAAGCAUAAAUGUGAUGUUGUAUGUGAGAAGGUCAUCGAUAUUUCUUGCAAUAUUGUAAUGUUUUUUUAUAUUUUUGCCAGCUUUCGAUUUGUUUUAAAAAGUUUGGUUUGAAAUGCAUAAGUGGCAUGUAAAUAAAAAUAUGAAUUUAUCAAAAACAAUUAUAGUAAAGGAAAAAAAAUUAAAAGUAAUUUACUAAUCACAAAUUUAGUUUGAGCGAUCUGUUGAUUUUUUCAAUUAGCCUUAUUAAAUACAUUCGGAUGUAUAUUUCCUAUAGUUAGUUCGUAGUUUUUGCUACUCAACUUGUAUGCAUCAGUCAUAGAGAUCAGGGAGUUUUGCAUUAUGAGGAAAUUGACUAGGGUGGAAAGUAUGUCUGUUAUUUGUCUAGAUAUGUAAAGCUUCUAAUAAUGACUGAUUAUAUUUU